AUUUAAUAUAUAUAGUACAUUUCUUCAUAUUGCAAAAUUAGCAUCAUCUCAAAGAAGAGAAAAAAGAGAGGAUAAAAUGGCUACUUCUGCAAUUCAACAAUCUGCAUUUGCUGGCCAAACAGCACUUAAGUCACAAAAUGAAUUUAUUAGGAAAAUUGGUAGCUUCGAAGGUGGACGUGUCACCAUGAGACGUACUGUCAAAAGUGCACCACAAAGCAUAUGGUAUGGAGAAGACAGGCCAAAGUACUUGGGACCAUUUUCUGAGCAAACACCAUCAUACUUGACUGGUGAGUUCCCUGGUGACUACGGAUGGGACACUGCUGGACUCUCAGCUGACCCUGAGACAUUUGCUAGGAACCGUGAGCUUGAGGUGAUCCAUUGUCGUUGGGCCAUGCUUGGUGCUUUGGGAUGUGUUUUCCCUGAAAUUUUGUCUAAGAAUGGUGUUACAUUCGGUGAAGCUGUUUGGUUCAAGGCUGGAUCUCAAAUUUUCUCCGAAGGCGGUCUUGACUACCUUGGUAACCCAAACCUUAUCCAUGCUCAGAGCAUUCUUGCCAUUUGGGCAUCCCAAGUUGUGUUAAUGGGCUUUGUGGAAGGAUACAGAGUUGGUGGAGGCCCAUUAGGUGAAGGCCUCGACAAGAUCUACCCGGGGGGUGCCUUUGACCCUCUUGGCCUUGCUGAUGAUCCCGAGGCAUUUGCUGAGUUGAAGGUCAAGGAAAUCAAGAAUGGACGAUUGGCUAUGUUCUCGAUGUUUGGUUUCUUUGUUCAAGCUAUUGUUACUGGAAAGGGUCCAAUUGAGAACCUUUCCGACCACAUUGCUGAUCCAGUUGCCAACAAUGCUUGGGCUUACGCCACAAACUUUGUACCCGGAAAAUGAAUUUAGUACUCUCUUAUCUGUAAAAAUUGUGGGGCUACUGCAUGUCUUUUAUGUA